AUGCCUCUUGACGAGCGCGGCCAGAUUGCGGCGGCAGAAAUUGGGUUCUAUGUGCCCAUUGCCGCGAUCACUAUUGUUCUGAUGGGCCGCUACGCGUUACGACGCGAUGCAGGCUGGUUAUUCCUGUUUCUGCAUUCCCUAGUUCGGAUUGCCAAUGGAGCGUUACUAUUGGCAGGCCAACUGGUGGAACCUACAAUGAUCACUCUAUUCAGGGCAGCGUAUGCAUUGGAUGUUGCGGCACCUGCAUUUCUCUCCCUAGCCAUCAUAGGCUUCCUUGGCCUCGUCGGUCAGCACUCUUUCAGCGAGAGCAAUCGAACUAUACGAUCCUUCAGAGUCAUUGCCAUACUCGCACUCGCCGCACUAGCUAUAUCCGUAGCUGGAGCUGUUCAAUCGAACGACCCCAGCAGCGAAAGCGCUCAAAAUAUUGGAAAGAUCUUACGCGAAGUGGGGGCUAUCAUAUACGCUGCGUUAUGGGUUAUCCUAUUCUUCACGCAUCUCGUUUGCUACUCGUAUCGCUAUACCCUUCGGCCAGAGCGCAGACCGCUGCUCCGAGGGAUCACGUUGGCGCUUCUGUUCCUUGGCACGCGUGCUGCGUACAGCAUCCUCAACGCAUGGUCAGCCGACGACGAGCUCGGGCUUCGACCGUCAUCAAAUCCUACUCUACGACGGUUUAACACUGCAACCGGCGACUGGAUUCCAUGGCUAGUGAUGGACCUGAUAAUGGAGUAUGGGUUAGUUGUGAUCUGUCUUCUGGCGAGUACAAUCAUCCCAAGGCGGUGGUACGGAAAAUUUUAA